AUGGCCUCUCCAGAAGAGGUCGAGGCCCAGAAGCAGAAGUUGCUAGUAAACCAGGAAAAUCCAAACACCCUGGAAUUCUAUAACGCGCGCUCUCGCGUCUAUCACGAUGAUGAGGAGGAGAAGAUUAUCAAUUGGCAACGGCUAAAAGAACUCAAAGACCAAAAGAAGUGGGGCGUCAUCCGGCAUCCGAUGGUGUUGAAUUAUGUGAAUGAGAGGUUGAUGGAUAUGUCCGGUUGGUACACAUUCCACAUCAUCGCCUACUUCUCCUUCCUUCUCCUUCUCUCCUGGCACGUCUUCUCGAGAUCGUUCUACAAAGACCUCCUCAUCACUGCCUACCUGGCGUUUUUCGUGUUUAUGGUGUUCGUCAAGACCGCCAUGAAGGUCCAGAUCUCCACGGGAGUUUCCAAGUGGUCAGCGGUUGCCCUGUUCUUCAACUUUCUCACCUACCUCGUCACGUUUGCGUACGUUUGGCUGCCCACGCUCUUCAGAUACGAUGAUUAUCACCCGGAAGUUAAGCACGUCGUCCUCUGGUUUCUCCCGAUCGUGGCCAUCAUCUCGGCCUGGGUCAACUUCCUCUACAUUCUGCGCCAAAGCCCCUACGGUAUCUACAUCUUCAUGAUGGUCAGGAUCCUGCGAUCGUUUGGACACAUCGCAACAAUCUGGAUCCCGACGCUCAUCGCGUUUUCCUUCGCCUUCCAUCUAAUCAUGAGGGAUUCUGGAAUCGAGCCUUGGAUCAGUGUGGAGCGGGACACUAACUCGACGAUGGUGCAAAAGCUGUUUGUCGUCCUUCAGGCGAUUACUAAGACGUCGACGAUGAUUAUUGGAGAGGUUGAUGCCAACGACAUCCUCGGCACUCGCCAGUGGAUCCCCUCGAUCCUCGUCCUCGCCUUUGAGAUCAUCACCGUCAUCCUGCUGAUGAACUUAAUGGUGUCGCUGGCAGUUGGGGACGUCAGUGACCUCAGGAACUCCGACCAGGAUAAGCUGCUCAAGAUUAAGGUCAGCUCCGUCAUCGAGGCCCUACAAUUCAGCCAGGUCCUUCCGCAAACCCUUCCGGACAGCUGUAAGGUGGACAGACGUCCAGCUUCAGAACUGAAUGACCAUAAAUACCGCCUGGAGUUCACGAAUCCGCGGAUGCGGGUGCGAAUUCGCAGGGAACUGCUGGCCGGUCGUCACCAGAUGGUUCACUUGGAGGAUUGCCAGAUCGUUUUCAAAGAAGCCACGGAUUCCGGCAUCCCGAACUGGCAGCCAGAAGCCGACGAGGCCAAGCCAAGUCACGAUAGCCGUGAUGGAUGGCAGAGGCGGUACGCAAAAUGGUUGAUCGGACUGGACUGGACCGGAUAUUUGGAUCUC